AUGGUGUGGGAAGAGGUAGUUUCGGGGAAGUCAUGCACCUCAGAAACCUGGACACAACGCAUCCAACAUGACCGGGCACUACGGAAGAGGCCGAUCCUCCUCUACCUCUGUGGAGGUCCUGGCGCUGACAAUCCUCCUUGUCGGGUGCGCGAGAUGAAUCGCUGGCUCCUGAUGAAGGGCUACUCGAUCCUCUACGUGGACUAUCGCGGUUGUGGCGACAGCAGUCCCCUUCCGUCUCAAAUCCUUAGCCAGAGAGCAGAUCUCGACCAGCACAAGAUGGCACAUUACAUUGCCCAGUUUUGUCAGGACAACAUUGUCCGGGACCUCGAGGCCAUCAGGCUCUGUCUCUCCCAGCUCGAGCCUCUUGGAGAGGUGAUCAAGUGGACAACCCUUGGUCAGUCCUACGGUGGCUACAUUAGCCUCAGCUACUUAUCAAUGCACCCUGAGGGCCUGAGCGAGGUGUUCAUCACCGGUGGCCUGCCCCCUUGCGGCAUGAAGAUCGAGGAUUACUUCCAGAUCGAGUACGAAAACAUUGUGGAGCAGAAUCAGAGGUUCUACAGCCACUUUCAGGAUGCCGACAUCCUGGUCAGGAGGAUUCUGACACUGAUCACCAACAUUGGUCCCAAGAACAUACCCAUGACAGGGCGUGGCUACAUGACCGGACAGAAGCUCCUCACGCUCGGAAGGCAGUUUGGCUCCAAGGUCGGCUUCCCUGAAGUCUACAACUUGCUAUGUACAAUCAAAAAGGACUUGGAGACCGUGGGGCGGCUUCAGCCCGACACAAUCCACGAGUUCGAGAGCAUCCUCCAUAUCGACGAGAGGCCCUUGUACCCGCUUCUCCUGGAACAGACUUGGUGUAGUGGCGGGCCGACCCGCUGGGCUGCCGAGCGGGUGGCGCGCAAAAUCCGUGGGUUUGAGUACCUCCAGGCCAGCGAGGACGGCACGUACCCUGACCCGUCUCUGACGGCCACUGAACAUCCCAUCUACUUCACGGCAAACACCUACUGCCGCUUCCACUACGAUACGCACGAGGAGCUGAUCGAGCUCAAGGAAGCUGCUGAGCUCCUGGCCGAGUACGACUGGGAGUGCCCGUACGACUUCGAGAAGCUGAUGGCCAACCCGCUCGGCGUGCCCGUCUAUGCCAUUAGCUUUGAGAGAGACAUGCACCUGGACGUCGGUGUCUCCGCCAGGACGGCAGCCAUGGUGGGCGGACUCACACUCGUCAUCGACCCAGGCUGGCAUCAGGAUAUCAGGUAUAGACCCGCAGAGGUGCUGGAAAACCUGUUUCAAAAGAGGGACACUGCGAUGAGGUGGCGCGCCGCUGCCAGUUCUCGGCAGGCGGAGACCUCAGUGGGGCAAUGA